AUUUGGGCUGGUCUAAAAAUAGAAUCGGGAAUAUUAAGAGUAGUUACAUCUGUACUCCAUCUUUCAUCACGAGACCAAGUUAUGUACUUAAAGGAUGCGACCUCUAGAACAAGUACACGUUAUUAAUUUACAUCUAGAAGAUCUACGCAGUAUCGGACACAAAUUGGAUAUACUUCAAGAUUUGAUCAGUAAUGUUGUACGUGAAGGGGAAGCUUGGCUGGAAGUGAUGGACGAGACGCCAACGUUUUCCCAGUUCAAUCAAUAUUUGAGCAAUGAAAGCUCUCGCUGUCUUCAAACUUGUUUGGAUAUCGCAGCAGGCCACUCACGAUUCGACGAAGUCCGCGCAGACAUUUCAACAAUGAAACUUUCUCAAAAGACUUCUGAAGAGAACUUUUCUGUUUUAAGUGAAAAAUUUGAGCACCUAGCACAAUCCCUUUCCAAGAAAAUAAAAUAUUUGGAAAGAGAGAAUAGAAACCAAGAACAAUUAAUUCAAGAGUUGGCCCGGAAACAAACAUUUACUGAGACUGAGAAUAGCUUGAAAUUUGACGACUAUCAGAGAGAACUUAUGGCAGCCAGUGACUUCAUCAAAGUAGAAACUGAAUAUUUGUCAGAGAAAGUGGAUAAAUGUGAAGAGAGAAAUGAGGCAAUUCUAGGGACUCAGACAUUUCAGAAUGUUGAAAAGAAAGUUUCAGAUCUAGAAGAAAAAAUUCUCAGAUUCGACUCCUCUACAAGUACAGAAGCUUUUUGUCUGCAAGUGAAAGGAAUGAAGAAGACAGAUCUCAAGAGAGAUACCACAUUACAACUUUUCAAUCAUGUUGUCAACUUGUCACUCUCCCCCCACUUCAACAAAGAGACAGGUGUUUACAGAGUUCCUCAUGACGGGAUCUAUCUGGUGUGUCUGAUGGUGGAGAACUUAACGUCCAAGAGAGUUCAGCUCCAUGUUUACCGUAAAACUAAAUGUGGUCAGGAGACUCCACUUCUGUUCUCUCAGUCUUAUGUUAAGAAGUGUACCUCCUACAGUGGUGUACCUGUACACAUGCAGAAAGAUGACGAGAUGUACAUUAAGUCAACUGAGGAUUAUACAGGUCUGAAAUUGGGGAACAAUUCAUUCUUCUGGUGUGUACUCAUCAAAAAGACCUGAAACAGAGUUAUUAUAUUUCAACUUUUUUUUCUACUAGACUCUAUUCUCCUGAUAUUGAAGUAUUUCAUUUUAUAUGCCUAAUAUUUUUAAAUUAAAUUCAUUCUAUUAUGUUUC